UAACAACCCAUAAUUGAAGGCUGAAGACCAUAUAAAAAUGUAUAUACAUUAAAAGAAAGACCAUAUAAGAGUCAACUCACAACUUGCCAUCAUACAUACAUGUGAGUACACUUCUUAUUACUCUGUUUAUUCAUGGGUAACAUGGGAGGAGGACUCUUCCCCCUCCUUUCAUUGCAACCCCUCUCAUUCAUCAUCCUCUUCUUCAUCCUCUUUCUCUACAUAACACUCACCGAGUUUCGACGAGUCAAAAAGCUUGCCGGAUACCGUUCGAGCCCAGAUGACUUAGGUCUGGACUCGGGUUCGGGUCCGGCAACAUAUCCCCUUAUUGGGUGCUUAAUAUCCUUCUACAAGAACCGGUUCCGGCUUCUAGAUUGGUAUGCGGAGCUUCUGGCUCAGUCACCCACCAACACCAUCGUGGUCCACCGCUUAGGCGCGCGGAGAACCGUAGUCACCUCCAACCCUCAAAACGUGGAGCACAUUCUCAAGACAAACUUCCACAACUUUCCCAAAGGGAAGCCCUUCACGGACAUCCUCGGCGACUUCCUCGGCCACGGCAUCUUCAACGUGGACGGCGAACCGUGGCUCGCACAGCGCAAGCUCGCGAGCCACGUCUUCACCCCGCGGUCAGUCAGACAGUUCGUGACAACCACGCUGGAAGAAGAAGUGCGGGAGAACCUGCUGCCAGCGAUGGAGGUGCUGGCGGAGGAGGAGAGGGUGGUUGACUUGCAAGAACUCUUAGGGAGAUUCUCGUUCAGUGUGAUUUGCAGGUUCACGCUCGGGAGUGAUGUGUGUUGCUGUUUGGAUCCGAGUUCUCCGAUUUCACCGCUGACGAGGGCGUUUGAUGUGGCGGCGGAGGUGUCGGCGAGGCGUGGUGCGGCGCCGUUGUUUUUGGUUUGGAAGGUGAAGAGGUGGCUAGGAGUUGGGUCGGAGAGGAGGCUCAAGGAGGCGGUUGAGGAUGUUCAUAGGCUUGUCAUGAAAAUGAUUCAGGAGAGGAAGGUGGUUAAGAUGAAUGUAACAGGAGAUGGAGAUGAAGAUGAUGAUGAAGAUCUCUUGUCGAGGCUUAUUUCUGCAGGUCACGAGGAAGAGGUGAUCAGAGACAUGUUGAUAAGCUUCAUCAUGGCAGGGAGGGACACAACAUCCGCAGCCAUGACAUGGUUCUUCUGGUUACUGUCACGUUACCCUAACACAGAGAACGACCUAGUCAAAGAGAUAAAAAAAUUCAAACCAAAAGAGACAACAACACUGAACUACGAAUCACUGAAAGAAUUAACAUUCUUAAAAGCUUCCCUCAACGAGUGUAUGAGACUGUAUCCACCGGUUGCAUGGGAUUCCAAGCACGCCACGUGUGAUGACACACUGCCAGAUGGCACAAAGGUAUUGGCAGGAGAUAGAGUCACAUAUUUUCCUUAUGGGAUGGGGAGAAUGGAAACGUUGUGGGGGAAGGAUUGGUUUGAGUUUAGGCCUGAUCGAUGGUUUGUUGAAGAAGGGUUAGAGAAGAAUGAAGGAGGGAGAUUAAUAAUGCGUGAGGUUUGUCCAUUCAAGUUUCCAAUUUUUCAAGCUGGUCCAAGGGUUUGUCUUGGUAAGGAAAUGGCUUUUGUUCAAAUGAAGUAUGUUGUGGCUUCCAUUCUGAGCAGAUUUGAAAUUAGAGUUGUGAGUCCGGAGAAGCCUGUUUUUGUGCCGCUUCUCACGGCACACAUGGCCGGCGGCUUAAAGGUCUUGCUUUCCAAAAGGGAAUAAAUUAAAUUUGGUUAGUCAAUUGUUUUUUUGUCACAUUUGUCUAUUUACGUCUAAGAAAUCGUGUGACAGUUUCUUUCAACAAAUUUUUUUUUUUGGAUUUGAACCUCACAUUUAUAAGUAUUUAACUUUUUGCCAUUAAAUCAACAUCUUUUUGUUGGUGGGUUAGUCAAUUGUACUUUUCUUAUUAUAUAUACACUUCAACCCAUUAGAAAUAUUGGGAUGUUGGUAA